AUGUCGAGCCCAAGCCCACCCCACCACAUCGCCCUCCUAGGCGGCGGGACCAUCGGCCUGUCAAUGCUCGCCCUGCACCUCCGUCGCCCAGACACCAAAGUCACCCUCUACGACCCGCGCCCCGACAUCGAAACCCAGCUCCGCGAAUCCCUCCCCACCUUCCUCACCCUCCCCGACACCACCCCGGACACCCUCCAAGCCCUCUGGACCUCCGUCGCCCACUCCGCCCCUCCAACCGCCCACCUCUGGAGCUCCUCCUCCGGCAUCCCCGCGUCCCAGCAAGCCGCCACGGCCGGCCCCGCCGUCGCAGCCCGCCUGCUCGUCGUCCACCCCUUCAACCCGCCGCACCUGAUGCCGCUCAUCGAGAUCGUGCCGGGCCCGGACACGGCGCUCCCGCGCGUGGACUUCGUCACGGAGUACUUCGGCGCCGUGCCUGGGCCGGCGGGCGUCCGGGGCGCCAGCGACGCGGCGUCGAAGCACUACCGGCCUGUGGUGCUGGGGAAGGAGAUGCCGGGCUUUGUGGGGAACAGGCUUGCGUUUGCGCUGCUGCGGGAGGCGGUGUAUUUGGUCCAGGAGGGGGUGGUCUCCGUGAGGGAUCUGGAUAAGUUGAUGAUGGCCAGUCUGGGGCCCCGGUGGGCGGGCAGUGGGGUGUUUGAGAGCUAUCAUGCCGGGGGUGGGGAGGGGGGCAUUGCGGCGAUUCUCGAGAAGUUGGCGCCGACGAUCGGGGAGGUGUGGCGCGAUUUGGGGCAGAUUGAUUUUUCGGCGGGCAAAGGGGAAGGGAAGGAGAGUGAGAAUGAAGGGUGGAGGGAUGUGGUUGUGAGGCAGACGGAGGAGGCGUAUGGGCCUUCGGUAUCGGUUGAAGAGAGGACGAAGAAGGGGGAGAUGUUGAGGGGGGUGAUUGAUUUGCAGAAGCAGAAUUUGUGA